CCCCCGUGCUCACCAUGGUGGCAUGGCCGCUCAUUCUCAUCAUCAUUGCCAUGCUUGCAGGGCUACUUGUCGUGUGCACGUACAUGCUCGCGCACUACCACCAUCCUGACGACGCCAACACAGCAUGGUUCCCCAAGGCGGUGGUCGUUCUCGGCUUCUCUGCAGCAGCACUCUCUGUCCUCCUCCUCCCUCUGGACGUAGCUAAUCGUAACUCUGGCUCUACCCUCGACAUGCUCCUCUUUGUCUACAUUGUCUAUCCUUUGGUGGCUUUCCUCGCUCUCGUCGUCAUUCCCUUUGCUAUGUUUUACUACGAAGCUGAAGAGGCCGAGAACAACUCAAAGUCGAAGCAGCUGUACUCGGCACUCUGCUACACCUUCUGGACAGUCAUUGUCUUUGCUGGCAUUGUGGGCAUUCUCUAUGGCUUGAUUGGAAAGGCUGAAAUUCCUGUUCAAGCCCUCACCGCUCGUCUACAGCCUGGCGAUGCGCCGCUCAACACCCCGUGCUCGGGCUGUACCUCGACAAAGGUUGAUCUGGUCAUCCACGUCUCGCUUCUUGUCUAUCUGGUUGGUGCCCUAUCGUUUGUCGGCAUUGUGCUCUUUGUUUGCUUUGGCGGCGUCGGCAUGAUCGCGCUCCCGGUCGACCUUGUGCGCGACUUUGUCGACCGGCCGAGGCGGAUCCCGCUCGACGUCCUCGCCCACCGCAAGGUGGAGAUCGGGGUGCAGGCGUCGCGGCUGCUUGCCGAGGGCGAGGAGCUGGCGCGGCGGACGCGCGAGAAGGGUGGGAAGCGCAACCGCAAGGACCGCAAGGCGUAUGCCAAGUUUGAGAAGAAGGUGUACCUGCUGGAGAAGAACUUUAAGAAGAACGUGGUGGCCCACUCGCGCGCCAACACCCGGCACCCGUGGUGGUACGUCUUUGACCUUGUUCUUGGCAUCUUCUGCGGCCUAGCCUCGUUCCUCUGGGUCCUGCACAUCAUUCUGUACAUGAUGGUCGACCCGCCGGCGUCGCCGUUCCUCAACGACAUGUUCAUCGACCUCGACAAGGCCUUCCCGCUCUUUGGCACCUCGGCCUAUGCCCUCUUCACCCUCUUUCUACUCUGGGCGGUGAUCAAGGGCAAUGUCAAGGUCGGCCUCCGCAUUGCCUGGUUCACCAUCCACCCGAUGAUUCCUGGCGAGACGCUCAUGUCAUCGCUCCUCUUCAACGCUGCCCUCAUCCUUCUCUCCUCGCUCGCCGUCACCCAGUUUACCGCCGCCGCCUUUUUCUCCUACGCGCGCCUCACCGCCGUCUCCUCGGUCUUUGCCGUCCAAAUCUCGCACCUCCGCGGCAUCAAGCACGUUAUCAACAACACCAAGUUCUUCCUUGUCAUCAUGAUCGGCCUCACCUUUUUGUACUACGCCUGUUGCGGCACGAAGCGCAAGCUCAAGAAGGACGACGACGACGAUGACUAGCGUUGUAAACUAGCUGUGGACCCCC